UGUCAUUCAAACCUGUCAAACAUGAGCAACCGUAUUUUAUAGAAUUUACCUUUAAAUAUUAUGUAUAGGCGAAACAUAUUCGUUCGUUCCAUAGGGGGCGCAGCACGAAAGUUCAGGGCACUACAGGAGGUGUGGAUUCUGCCGUGGUGGGGCAGUGGUGGGCUGUCUGCUGCCCCCCUGUGGGCCUUGGAUACCCUGGUGCUGGUCGUGAAGCUGUGCUCUACUUGUGCUAUGGCAGUGUUUAGGGUGCUAAUUCCGCCAGCUAUGAAGAGCUUGCACGGGGAGACUGUGUUGAUCACCGGAGCUGGUAAUGGUGUUGGGAGGGAGCUGGCCAUACAGUUCGCAGACCUCGGGGCGACAGUCAUCUGCUGGGACAGCGACGCGCGCCGCAACAAUUCCGUCAUCGAUGAAAUCCGCAGUAAAGACGGCGAUUGCUUUGGCUACACCGUGGAUAUAACAGCGCGGGAGCAGGUGUCCUCAUUAGCAGCGCGCAUGCGCCGCCAGCUGACCGACGUAUCUAUGGUGAUCAGCAACGCGGGUGCUCUGACCUAUGCUCCGCUUAACCACCUGCGGCCGGAGUCCAUCGCCAGGAUCAUUGACAUCAAUCUGCUGGCGCAUUUCUGGAUAAUACAAGCCUUCCUGCCGAGUAUGAUUGAGAGGCGGCACGGGCACAUCGUCGCUAUCAACUCCAGCGCGGGCUUGAUGCCGUGCGCCGAUAUGAUUCCGUACUGCGCUGCCAAGUUUGGUCUUAGAGGUCUGAUGGACUCCAUAACCGAGGAGUUGAGGCUAGACACGUGGACCAAGAACAUCAACAUCACGUCUGUAUACCUGGCUACGGUUUCGACAGGGCUGUACCCGCCGCCUACCGAUCGCUUCACUUCCCUGUACUCGGAAAUCACGGCUAAGGAAGCAGCCAAGAUCAUCAUUGAUGGAAUCCGCAAAAAUCGCAAGAGCAUCAGUAUACCGUCGUUCAUGAGGUGUCUCAUAGAGCUCAACAACCUUAUGCCGUACCGCAUAAGGGUCAUCUUCACAGACUUCUUCAACUUUGGCCAUAGAGCCUGGUUUUGUUUUUGUUAACAGCAAAGUAGAAAUGUAUUGAAAAGUUAUCUUAUGAGAAGUUUACAUUAUUUGUUUGUAGUUUAAAACUUUAG